AUGAACAGGAGAGGCGCCCCGGGAGGCCUCGCCAGCUUCCGCCCUGCCGUGCUGGGCUUGGGGCGAGUAUUCGGCCUCUGCUUUACGGCGGUUUCGGCGGCGCCUUUGUCGUCGCAAGAGCGCCAUGAGGAGCACACGGAUACUCCCAUAUGGGUGCUGGCCGUCGCGUCGAUGACGCUUGUUUUGCUGGGCGGCGCAUUUGCCGGCUUGACGAUCGCGUACGUGACUAGACUCUAA